AUGAAGCUCAUGGGUACUAUGAACACAGAGUAUUUCACUGGUGGAAAUGAUCAGGUUCAGGCUGAUGAUUGGAGGCAGACGUUGGAGAAAAAUCUCAGGUCAGCUAGAUGUCCAGUGGAGUUUAGGAAGGAUCUUGCAGUGCAUUUCUUGCAUGGAGAUGUAGACAAUUGGUGGAGGAAUGUUGAGGGGAGCUUACCUGUUUGUUAUGUGCCUACUUGGGAGGAUUUCUUGGAAGAGUUUAAUAAAAAGUAUUUUCCUCAAGAAGCUAUGGACCAGCUGAAAUGUGAGUUUCUGGAGCUUCGUCAUGGUACGAUGACUGUUAGAGGAUAUGAUGCUGAGUUCACUCGUCUAAGGAGGUUUAUUGGGAGAGAGUAUAGUGAGCAGGAAUUGAUUUGCAGAUUUAUGAGGGGAUUGAGGGCUGAUAUUCGUAACCGUUGCUCUGUUCGAGGUUGUACUAGCAUGGUUGAGCUUGUUGAGCAGGCCGCUACAGUGGAGAGGGGACUGGAGGAGGAAGCCAAUGACCUAAGGAGUACUCAGCUGAGGGAAACUAAUGGAAGGGAGUCACAAAAGCGAGCUUUGAACAACCAAAAGGAUGAGAGAAUGUGGAAUCAAGCCCCAUUGUGUGACACAUGUGGAAAGACACAUUCUGGAGCGUGCUUGGCACACAUGGGAGUGUGUUUCACGCGUGGAAAACCCAUACAUACUAGGCUCGACUGUCCGGAAGGACGAGAUACUUGUCAUCGAUGUGGACGUCCUGGUCAUGUUGCAAGGAACUGUAGAACGUCAUGGGUGGGAUAA